GCCAUCAUUAUGGCCAAGACUUAUCUCCCCUUGCUGCCCACUCUGAUGCGCUAGUGCGGAUGCCCUACGGGCUACGUCCCUAUACUCCUCUUUAAUCCUUGCUAUUUCUCAAGACCGGAUACCGGUAUUUAUUCUGGGCGCUUGUUCGCCGUCGACAUUCGACUUUUCUAUCAACCGGCCGCGGAACCGCAGGCGGUCUGUACCAUUACGGCGCCAUGAGCGUUUAUUCUCGCUCCGGAACGUUCUCUCUGGCCUCUUCGGCACACGCGACAGACUCUCUGCUCUCUAAAUCUGUGUCGGAACUCAGGGCCCCUUCAUGGCUUCCUACGGUCUUCAUAAUUCUCGAAUCCGUGGGGGCUGUCGGCGUCUGCUUGCUCAUUGCGACGUACUUGCUCUCGAAGAACGUCCGUCGCUCGCGGCAUCCCGUAUGGCUCAACAUGUGUAUCACCUGGCUUUUAUCGUGUAUCGCGUACAUCUUGCUAGCCUUUCAUGGAUGGCAGAAGGGUCCGGAGCCUCCUUUCGACAUUUGCCUGAUUCAAGCCGCGCUUGUCUAUGCGUCGCCCCCGAUGACGGCGUGCUCGGCUUGGGCGUUGCUUGUCCAGCUAUAUGUCAACAUCAACACGCUUGUCCACCCACGUAUGCAGAAGGACCAUCCUAUUCUUGCUACGAAGAUCAAGAACGCGGCCCUCAUCAUCACCCCUUACUUCAUCUGGAUAGCGGUCAUCGUCGGUUGCGUGCUUGCCGGAGUCAAUGAAAGGAAGUCCGUCGUUCGUGACACGAACCCAUACUGCACCAUCUCCACCGGAACACCUGGACGUUUGAGCGCGAUAUGGGUGGUCCUCUUCGUGCUGAUCACGCUUGGAUUGGAAGGUAUAGUCGUGCACAUACCACAUCACAGCUACUGGAACCUCUCUGCAGCGUACAUCGCAUACGCCUUUCACGCCAACGACCGUUCUUUCAAGGAGGCUCAAGCCGUCACCCGCGUUCGGCCACCGGUGUCGUUGCUCAUUCGGAUCGUCAUUUUCACGGUCUUUAGCGUUCUCGUGAUCGGUGUCUCGUUCCUGAUCGUCACACCCAUCAAAUCGACAAUGUUCUACAUGAUCGUCCCGAACAUUUUCAUCGCUCUAAUGCCCAUCGCCGUGUGCAUCAUUUUCGGGACGUCGAUGGACAUCAUGAGAGCCUGGGCCUUCUGGAAGCCGCCUCUGCAAGACGAAGAUCCGUGGGCGAGCAGCAGUCGCCAGCGACUAGACUCGAAGUCGUCGCUGGAGGACAUGCCCGACCUGGAGUUUCCCGCGGCGGUAUGAACACAGGUAUAGACGGACCAAUGUAUGUACUAUUCGUAUCUUAGCAAGGACUUUUUGUUUCCCG